UGAUCACAUCCCACAGUAGUUGUUAGGAAAAACAUAUAUUCAUGGGUGCACUGGUAUCUGGCCAGCGCCAACCCAUGACAAUAAGGUAAAUUAAGCAUUUCCUUCAGGAGCAGCAAGUCCAGUUGCAAUGGAGUGAUUACUCCAUUUUACAUGGAUGUGAGAGAACUAUCUUUCUCAUCUAGGACCAAGCUGAAUGUAAUUUAGCUGCACAAUUAUUAAGCAAAAUUGAUGUAUUUUUGUUUAAAUGCUGGUGUUUCCAGUUAGCUAGUGCUAGCCAAUGCUGGUUUUGAUCAUUCAGCUGUUGACUUUGCAAUGACUUGCUGCACACUGUCUAACUGUAUCCUCCUUCAGCAUUCCCUGCUGAGAUGACCCAUCAUAAUUCUUCCCAUAAUUAGCUUCUAAAGGUUAUUUUCAUCUCUAUGCUGAUGUGAGUAAAGUGUGUAAAUUUGCUCCUGUUGAUUUCUGACAAUAGUGAAGCUUUUCCAGUAAUAUUUCUAACUUCAGCUUUCAUCUUGUUUUCCAUGCAGAGUUACACAAGGGUCUUUGGCAGCAUUGUAUCUCAAAGGCUUCAGCUUUCUUUCUCUCAGCAGAAUUAGCUUUUCUCAGUUUCUGCCUGGAGUUUGCUGUGAAAGUGAUGGAAUUUUUCACCAGUCAGGUUUUCAGAUAAUUCACAAUGCAGCUAUUUGCAGAUGAUCUUAAGGCAGGUGUAAAAAUUGCUGUGUCAGCUCCUGUAAAUCCACAUUACCUUGAUGAAGCUAAUCUUUAACUUCUCGGCAAUGAUCUUCUUUAUUAAAUCUGUGUGAUCCUAUGUAAGUGAAUCCAGCAAUUGCAUAUCAAUUUGCCCUUAAAUAUAAAUUUGCUUAUGUUCUUUUUUGUAAGUCGGUGGACAAUGUAUUUUUCCUAUUGAUAUUAAUGAUUUAAUAAUUUAAUUUAUACUGAUGGGGUUCAGCCAUUUGUGAGAGUGAGUUUUGGGGAAGUACAUUAUUUUACCUGUGUUAAAAUACUCUUUAGGCAAGGAGACAAGAGGUAAUACCUAAGAACACUAAGGAAAUGCUCUGUUGGUUGCUCUAGUUGUCAGGAUAUGGGAUGUUGGACCAGAAGUGAUUUUGUUCUGUGUGCAAUUUCAGGCAAUACUUUUUGAAAAAUUAUUUCUUCUUGGAACAUCUUCCAUAUGCUAGAAUAUUUGGAGUGUAUUUUUAAAUACUGACUGGCAAUCUGCGAAACACCAUUUUAGCAUGAAUGAGGUCAUGUGCUACUAAAAUACUACUUAUACUAGGACACAGAUGAAUUGAAAGUAGCACAGCUAAAAAGUGAAGGCAACAGGUGUUUUAUUAAGUUGCAGAUAUUGGCUUCUUAAAAAAAUCUGUAGAGUAACUGAUACUUCAUCCUAAAACUUUUUGAGAAUUUGCAUGUUUUCACUACUGAAUACCAGUAAGUCCCAGUGUUCCUAAUUUAGAGUAUAUUCCUUUAAGGUGUUUUUGACUAAUAAAACGUGAUAGCCUCUUCUAGCACAUCACCAAUUUCAUAAUGUGAUGCAGGACUGAAAGAAUUGUGGUUGAAUACCAGGCACCUGAUGGCUAAGAGUAUUCAGAAAAAGGAAGAGAGCAGGCUGUGCUCCUACACACAAAAUCCCCCAAACCCUGGAGUUAUCAGCCUUUUGUAAUUUUCACAGAGGUGACUAUAAGGUCUAUGUGCAGUCUGUCAGGGAGAAGUAUUUUUCUUGUUUCAAGAAAUUGGAGAGUAUUUGUUUUGGUGCAAUUAUUUUAACCACCUGUUUAGUAAGUAAGAACUGUGGGAUUUAUCUCCCCCCAAAUGCCUUGGACUAUUAAUUUGAGUAAAUCAACAGAGUGAAGCACCCUAGACUCCAAUUUCCCCAUUGUUCAGCAUUGAGAUCUUCCCUAGUUUACUCUUAUAAAGUAAAGAACUUUAAAAAAUAUGCCAUUUGAGUCCAUGUUGUUGAGAGUUUUUGCACAAACAUCCCAAGAAUAGAUAGAUGAUAAAGCAGUUACAGUCAAAUCAUUCAUCCUGAUGCUUCAAUUUGCUCUCCUGUAUGCAGAAUGCUGUAAUAGUCUCACAUUUUAAAAAUAUGCCACCUCCUAUAAAGCAGUAGUUUCAGGUGACUAAUCAUUGUGUAAAGCACAGAGCUGAUAUUUAAAUGCAAAUUGAGAGCCUUUUGGAUAGUGCAGUUUUUGAUCUUAGCCCACAGUUCAGAGGCAGCACACUUCACAGAAAAUUGUAACUGUCCAGCUCUGGGCUCCUGAGGGUUCAGCAGAGGCCACAAAGUUGAUGAGGGUUCUGGAGUAUCUCUUAUGAGGAGAGGCUGUGGGAGCUGGGCCAGUUUAGUCUGGAGAAGACUGAGAGGAGAGGUCAGAAAUCCAUACAAAUAUUUCCAAGGAGGGUGCCAUGAGGAUGGUGCCAGACUCUUGUCAGUGGUGCUCAGUGACAGGACAAGGAGCAAUAGCCAUAAACUGAAACACAGGAAGCUUCACCCAAACUUGAGGAAGAACUUCUUUCCAUGGAGGGGGGCAGAGCACUGGAGCAGGCAGCCCAGGAGUCUUGUGAAGUCUCCCCUUCUGGAGACAUUCCAAACCCACCUGGACGCAUUUCUGUGUCACCUGCUCCGGGUGACUCUAGCUUGAUCUCCCUCUGGAGAUCACCUUGCCUGGCAGGAGGGGGUGGGCAGGGUGAUGUCCAGAGGUUCUUUCCAAGCCUAGAAACUCUGUGAUUCCAUGAGUCUGUGAAUUAUACAGAUUUAACUAGAAACAGUGAAAUUUUAAAAAAACCCAUGGAUACAGUGGCUAUAAGACAUAAAAUGAUGAGGUACUUAAUUUACAAAUGCACAUGCUAUUUAAACUGAGUGCAACUGAAGUGUCAUUCUGGAAAUGUGGAGUGUCAGAGCCAUCUGGAAAAGACUACCCUGCACUAUUCAGACAUAAUUUCUGUCCAAGACCCUUGCUGUCAUGGCUACUGGAAAUUUUGAGUUUUGCCUGUCUUUAGAUUUUAUGUAGAGAGCCUUUCUUAGGCUACAUGUAGUGACAUGUAGCAAAGGUACGAAUACGAUCUGAACACCAUCUGUUCAUACAAAGCAAUAUCUUACGAUUUGGGGAGAACCCUGGCUCCAUAAAAACAGAUGCAAAAUAUUUUUUGUGACUCCAUUGGAGCUGGCAUUUUCUGUAUUUUCCAACAAAUACUUUCACAGUAAUUGGAUGUAGAGCUGGAGAUCAAUACCAACUGCUGAUAAUAUUGAGCUGCAGAAUGUUAUUUGCAGUAAUGUUUGUGACGAGAGGCAAAUCUGUCUUCUGCCCCUUCCAAAGGAGACAUUUAGGGAGGAACCCUCAAUCUUUUCAGAAACACAUUGAGGGAAGAGAAAAUGGUCAGUGUAGUCAUAGGUGCACUCCAGCUUUCCACUAGCUGGUCCAGAGCACUGAAAUCUCACUGCUGUUAAAGACAGCCUCAAGAGAUACCCAACUAACAGUGUAUCUGUCUGAUGCCUUGCCAGGUCAUUGCUGGGGUAAAGGUAGUGUGGAUAGGAUAUUUUUGCAGUUUAGUAAAUUUGAAGUAUAAUAAAGGUCUUUUGAGGCCACAAGGGCUACUACUAGCUACCAGGAGUAGCCCUAUGUCCUGGUAAGAUCAGUCCUGGACUGAGGCCAGAAGGUGAGAGAGUGAGAAAGGAUGAAAAUUUGUUUUCAGACCUUCAUGUCCUUGUCCUGCAACCUUUCUGUAUCUCAGUUGAGCUAAGGGAAUCUAGGAAUAAGUCUAUAAAGAUCUGGGUUAGAUAAGCUCUUUCCAUUUGGAAUUUAAAAAUGAAAUAUACCUUCACAUACAUGUUGAAGGAGACCCCCUUUUCAAGCACAAAACAAUAAAGACAUUCUGUGAAAUCAUUCUGUAAUUGUUCUCAAUUUUUCUCCAUUUGUUCUAAUGACAGUGGUAGCAAUCGAUCAGAGAAGUCAUGUAAGUAGUACAUAUGCAUGACAGGGAUUAAACUUUUAUUUUCUGGCAACAGAAAAUAAACUUUAAGCUGGAGGAAUUAAUCUCUUGUAAUACGUCAAGAUUUAUCUAUUAAAUUGCUUGCCAGUAGUUUGAAAAAAAAAAGCUGUCUGAAACCACACUAGGAAAUCCUCUGACUUCAGCCAGAUCUCUGAUUUAUCACUGCCAUCACUGGCUGAUCUAUAAAUACAUCUGCUUUUACAAUCUAUGCAUUCUGCUGAUUUCUCAGUUCUGAGAAUUUGCUGUUAUCUCCUCAGAAGAGAAGGGCUAGCGGCUUCUCUUAAAUGAGCCUGGCUUAGCCAAAGCCAACAUGAAUGUAAGCCUAAGAGGCUGAGCCCAUUGGUUGUUAGCUUUGAUAGUCACUGCCAUCAUUUGAGAGUGUGCUUGUAGCCAGUCCAAGUUGGCAGUCUCAGCCCAAGCUGAUUGGAGCUGCAGACAUUUUUGCUGACUGGAGUCAUGCUAUCUUUGCCAGUUUGCUGGAAUAGACACAGACACUGAUUGAGUCAUGCUGAAAACAUUCCUGUCCUAUGAAGCAAGUCUGUUUAUAUUUCAGGUUUGCCAGGACUAAUGAAUUAAAAAUCUUGGGCUCACGACAGUUUGCUGCUUAAUAAUGCCUGUGACAGAAGGAUUUUUUCCUCCCUGAAGUGUGACAGCAUCAUAAUACCUCAUCCCUGGCAACAAGAGGAAGGAAAAGCAGAAUUGUGGAGAAAAGUGGAAAAGGGUUAUGGGAACUGCAGGUAGCAGCAUGCUGCCCUGACAGCUGUCUCAGCUUCUCAGACCUUGUCAGCUUGUUGCUAUGCAGCAGAUGCAGCAUUUUCUUUUAUUGAAGCUUUACUCCAUAAAGGCAACGACAAGCCAAGGCAGUGGCUGGCCCUGGAUUAUACAAGUGCAGACACUCCACUAAGUGAGGGUUUCAUCACAGUAAAAUCACUUUUUGGAAUUGAUGGUCUCAGAAGAUGGAGGACUGAGUAAGGUCUCAACCCAGAAGCCAAAUUCAUGCAGACAGACCCUUCCACCUGCACAGGCUUCCACUGAAGAAUCAUCCCCAAGCUGGAACAAACAAGUAAAAGCAUUGACUCAAGUGCCCACAUGAUCACCACCGCCAGGGUACCUGCUGAUAAGCCAAUACGAAUUGCCUUCAGCCUUAAUGAUUCCCCAGAUGAUGCUUCCCCUGAAAACUUCUCUUUGGCAUUUCCAGAACUAGAUCAGCAGCUGCAGCCUCUGCCUCCUUGUCAUGACUCUAAGGAAUCUAUGCAGGUGUAUAAACAGCACUGCAAAAUAGCAGAAGAGUACCAUGAGGUCAAGAAAGAAAUUGCUCUGCUGGAAGAAAGAAAAAAGGAGCUGAUUGCCAGACUGGAACAAGUGGAAAAAGAAAGCAUGGAUGCUGCUCAGCUGGCUAAGGAGUAUGCAGAACUGACAGAGGAGAACCGAACACUGAGGCUGGCCCAGACGCAGUGCGUGGAGCAGCUGGAAAAGCUCAGGAUACAGUACCAAAAAAGACAGGGUUCCUCAUAACUCCCAACAGCUCAUGUGGAGCAGUUCAUACAGGAUUGGUCCUGUGCUGGAAAGAUAUUUUAAAAUAAAGAUCUGUUUAAUACGUUACAACACUUUACUACAGAUACAGAGUAUGUAGAAGUCUAUAUUUGAUUUAAUGCUUGCCACUCAGUAGCUUAAUGUAAUGGAUAUUUCAUCCAUUAUAUAAUGGAUGUUUUAUUUCAAGUAAUGUAAUUGAAGUUAAUCUAUCCCCAUUAUAUGUUCUAGUGUGUCAGGUUUCUUUUCUAAACAUAUUUCUUCCAAUUUAAGAAGAUAUGGACACACCAGAAAAUUAUAUAAAUAGGCUCUGUGUUGGAAAUUUGGAUCAUAGGCAUACAGCAGGGACAAUUUGAAUAUAUGAAAUACAUUUAUGUUAAUUUUAGUUUGGUGAAUUCUUUUAAAAUUAUUUUCCUCAUGCCUAAAGUGUUUGGAAGUUAUCAUGAAGCAGAGCUCCUCACUAGUAAAAACUAUACUAGAUGUCAACUUCACACUGUUGUAUAAAAUCUGAAAAACUGCACAUUAAAAAUUGAAGUAACAAAAUAAGUUUUUGUCAAACAAGUGCAUUGCCAGUGCUAAUUUGCAAUUUAUAAAAUUAAAAGGAAACAUGAGAUCAAAUUUCCCUUCAAGUGUAAAGAUUACUUGAGUGCCUUUUUAUUGUACUUUUUGGCAUGCAAAAAAUUAAAAGUUAAUGUUAGAAUCACGGUUUCAUCAUGUUUUCAACUCAGACUAUGUCAGUAAAAUUAUUGUGAAGCUCUUUUGUUCUUAUUUUCUGGUCUAUUUUGAAACAUAAGUGGCUGUAAGUAGGGCCGGGAGUUCUGUGAUACACAAAUAACUGGGAAGUAAAAUGUCAGUUUUACUUACUCUAUUUAUCCCUGUAUUUUCUUAGAUCAAUUUAAAAGUCUUCGUUACACUUCAAUUUCUAUUCAUACAGCAGUUUUUUCAUUAAAAGUGGAUGUAGAAAAGCCCUUUUAUGUUUUGAUUGUUCUCAAACCACCUUGUGUUUUAAACUCUGCUUGACAGAUGCAGCUUGUUACAUCUUCAUGAGCUUGGAAUUCAAUUUAAUGUGUUAUUAGUACUGAAAUGUGUCUUACUAAUUGAAAAUUAUGAACUUAAGAUUUGCACCAGGACUUUAGCUUUGAUUGUUACCAUUAAUCUAUCAUGAAAAUGGAAAUUACAUGUUAAUCAGAACAGAAAAGAGAAUGACAAGCUGCCUGUAAUUUUUCUGUGCUGAUUGCCUACAGCAUUCCCUGCAGCCCAGGUGGGAAAACUGGCUCUGCCUUAUUCCAAGCACCUGGCACUGCAGCAGAAGAGCACGAAGAGGCAGCAGGAGAGGACAACCUUUAUUUCCACUUCUCCUAAUAAAAACCUCUUGGAAUAUCGGGCCUGGAAGUGCUGCAAAAGUCUUAUUUAAGUUUUACACUGAUGGGAAACAUAACUUGAAGAGAAAUCAGAGCUUCUCUUUGAGCACAGAACACCACAGAAACUAGAAUGUGCUUCUUUUGCCUGUGUUUAUGUGUUUUGGACAAGAUUCUCAUUUUAAACUAGUUUGUCAUUUUAGUCAAAGGUUUUUCCAUCUAGCCUUGAAAACAUCAUCCAGUCAGAUGAUUUCAGUAAAUUCAUUGAAUUCACUGAAAAUACAUAAAAUUAGUUUAUUGACAGACUGUGCUGGUUUAGUAUAGAUAACAAGAACUAAUUAGUUACUUACCUUGAAGUUGACAGCUUGGCUGACUAAUUAAGAAGAUAACACGUUUUUGGGAACACACAGGCUUAAAAUCAGGAAGAUAUUGGGAAACUUUUUUUCCUUUCUGGCCUUGGAACAGGUACCAGGGCCAGUCGUGUGUGCUGUGUGGCUCCCUGGGGCCGGGCAGCCUGGCUGGGGACAUCUGCCCUGGGUCUGGCUGUCCCUCGGGGUCCCCACUGGUUGCUCUUGGGGGAGAGAGAGGCUGCAGUUUAACAUCAUUUUUAGUGAACUUUUAAAAGUUAUCUUGAGCUGCCCAGGGCUGAGAGGAGAUGUUUCCUCUCCAGCCCCACCCCAGGAGCAACCCUAAGCCUGGGCCGGAUUUACUCUAUGAAAUUAAAAGUAAGAAAGAACUUUUUAUAUUCUUAGCUGUUAAGUUUUUGAUUACUUAAACUGCUCUGAUCUUUGAUGUUUUGGCAUGAGCGUGGCCUUAAAAUAUGACACUAUGAACUGCAACUAAAAAGCAAAAACUUAAAACAAGAAAAAUUACAUUUUCUUGACACAAAUAAAGUUUUUAAAUAUCCAACGCUUCUCAGAGAAAAAAACUAAAUUAAUAAGAUAUUAGAGUUAGUAAAAAAAGGUAACCUUUUAAGUAAAAAAUUAACAAAUUACCUUCAUCUUAAGCUAAAAAUUUCUUAUAAGCUGUAGUUACAGACUCUAACAUGAAUAUACUAGUGUUCUUUUAAAUAAUAAGUAAUAUAAAUCAAGAAAAUAAUUAUUCAUAUUUUGUAGAUGUGAACAAAAAUAUUUGUGAUUGAUGAAAUAAAUAUUAAAUUAGAAUUUAUAAUCUCGUGAUAAGAUGUUUAAAACAAAAAGAAUAAAAAGAAGUGCUUAUACUAGUAAAAAAAUUAAAAAGACAUCUUUGAAAUAACAAAUGUUUUGCCCUUACAGUUGUUUAGCUUUAAAAAUAACAUCUUAGUAUUCAUAAAUUUACAGAUUAUAUAUAGUUACAAGAAAAGUUACGUAACAUAAGAAAUCUACAACUGUAUAAGUUUUUAGGUAGGCUGCUGUUGUGAGAGUUAAAAAUUACAAAUAAACUGGUUUUCUUGUGAAAAUUUGCUAGAACAAAUUAAGAGAGACUUCUCUCUUUAAAAAAAACUAAAUAAAAAUCUAUUUUAUAAAUAGUACUAGCCUAGAGUUCUAAGGUUUGCUUAUGUUAUUGGUAAAAAAUGAAUCACUUGUAAGAAAAAAGUGUGUUUUAAAAGUUUCAUUUUAAUUCUUAUUUCCUUCUUUUAGUGUAUGUUAAUAAAUCUAUCUAUUACCUUUGA